GCCAUACACCUUGACAUUCGCAGUUCUGUGUGACAUCUGAUACGACGAUGGAAAAUUACCUCUCCCAAAUGGGAAUGGCUCAAAAGGAACUCACAGACAGAUAUGCAGAAUAUUCCGGCCCAGCCCAGGAGCAACCUUUGUAUUAUCCAUAUGAACCAACGCCAUCACAAGUGCACGUGAAUGCACCCUUUAAACACCAAUUCAUAAGCGGAGGUCAUAAAAACAAUGCAGCUAUGUCAGCUCUAACACUUCUGGCUUUUCUGUUUUUCCUGCAUAUUCUUCAACAAUGUUUGAAGGACCAUAUGACCGCUAUGAGUACUUCGCAAGUAAUGAUAAUGACCGGUGGAAGAGAAGGCGACGAACACAUCGCCAAACUUUCCCACAGUAAAAUCGAUAAAACCGGCGAACUUGAAACGGAACAAGAAAAUAAGGAUAUAAUCAAACACAGUGCAGCCGAAGUAUCAAAUAACAGUAACGAAAAGCACUUAAUGAAAAUCACCACUACCGAACACGGAUCGUGGAAACAACACGACACACGUGAUAAGUACCAAGAAAAUCAUGUUUUCAAUAGAUUUGGUAAUCCACACUCAACGUCUUCAGACUAUAUCAACGCCGCGGAAAAUGAAAAGCCCGAUUUUCGUAUCCAUUAAUAAUUUCGUUAAAAU